AUGAAAAAAUAUAUGGCACGAAAUGGUUUCACGCGUCCUUUUCACUCUCUGCAACUUCUCUCCUGAGUAAUCACCUUUCUUUUAGCAGGGACCUUUUAUACGCUCACUCUCCCUCCUCUUUAUCUCCAAAUGCAAAUUUUGGCAGGAAUUUCUUAUUCAAUAAUUUCAAUCUCAACAAUCUUUUUUGGCUUCAAAGUUACCUACACAGAUCCAACAGACCCAGCUGUGCACGCAGCCUUUAAUUCUCAAAUAUCAGGGUAAUAUUUAAACAGGAAUGAAAUGGACUUGUCCGAACUCACAAAACUUUGUAAAAUUUGUAAAGUCCACGUGCACAGCGACUCAAAGCACUGUAGAGAAUGCAAUAGGUGUGUAAAUAAUUUCGACCACCACUGCAAGUGGCUAAAUAACUGUAUAGGCAAGAUCAAUUACCGGCAUUUUAUCGGAACAAUUUUGAGUUUACAGGGUCAGAUGGGAGUUCAGGUUUUGAGCUCCGUUUAUUUAUUAAUUGCUAUAAGCAGUGGAUGAUCUGAAAAAGAAAAUGUGAAAGAUAUGUAUGGACUAGAUGAUGAAGGUAUAGAAGGGAUUUAUAUAUACCAUAUUAUUGUAACUAUUCUAAGUUCAUUGAUUUUUCUGGUCGUAGGGCACUUACUGGGGUUUCAUAUAUGGCUGAUGCUUAAUCAUAUGUCUACAUAUCAAUAUAUACUGUCUAGGAGAGCCAAAAAGGCACUUGUAACGAAUAUUUAGAAAUCAAAUAAAACAACUCCUGAGGCAAACCCGAAUGAGUCAAUACAAAGAUAUUAUGAGCCUUAUAUUCUAUCUAAAGAAGAAGAUGAAGAGCUCCCAUUCAGGGUUCUUUAAUACGAUGCCAUUUAAUAAAGGCUUUUUUUUAGUCUUCUGCCUUUUUGCACCUAUUUUUUAGACCAUUUUUUUGGUCCUAUUUUUUUUGGACUAUUAUUUUGGCCUUCUUUUUAGCCUAUUUUUUUGGCCUAUUUCAUAUGUUAAAAUAAUAGGUGAAAAAAUAGGCGGAACAGAAACAGGCGAAAAAAAAUAGUCGCUAUGAAUAGUCGUCGUGUGAAGGCACGCCCAUUCAGAUUGGAUAGAAGAACUCCGAAACUUAUAACUAAUGAUAAAAAGAAGAAUAUAAACAAAGAAAACUCACAAGACAACACUUUUUAUAACUCACAGCUUGAAGAAAUGAAGAAAGAAAAGCCUGAUAUGAAUCAGAGUUAA